AUGUAUGCUUGGCCACAUAAGAGAUCAUCCAUUCACGAAGUAUCAACAGAUGAACACGUAUUCAUCAAGAGGAAAAAAGAAUCACUAUGGAGUGAAAUCCAGAUAUCAACCAACAGAUAUAAAACAUUAUCAACUCAAGAAGAACAAAUAAAAAAGUAUUUCGAAGAAAUAUUUAAUUUUUUUAUGGCUCAGGAGUUUUCGAAAAAAAGAGAAAUAAGAAAAGAGAAAAAGAUAAUGAAAAGGCAUAUCAAUAAUAAAAUCGACGAAUUAAAAGAGAUAGUAAAGAUAUUAGAAAUAAAUAAUGUAAUAAACUCAACUAACAAUAGUAUUAAUAGUGAAAGAGUUAAAAGUACAAAUGUAGUAGAUAACCUAUCAGAUAUCUCAGAAACACAUGUAUCGACUAUAGAAACUCUAACUAAAUCGAUUUCAGAUAGCAAGUCUCUAUUUUCGUUUAUCAAAUCUAACAGGGAAACUUUAUUCUAUGUGGAUCAAAUAGAAAUCGACCAACUACGUAGCCAACACAAUAAUGACUUAUUAUUAUUAUUGGAUUCGCUUCUCAAAUACAACACGAAAUUCAAAGCUACAGAACCCCUAAAAAACAAUAAUAAUAAUAAUAAUAAUAAUAUUAAUAACAACAUCAAUGAUCAGCAUAUUUAUAAUGAAUUUAAGGUCGAUCAUCCAACAAUCAAUAACAUGUUACUUCAAAGUUUAGUAUGGACAAUUAAAAUAUUUGAUCAACUAAGAUGCCAUACUCGUUACUGUACACAUAUCGCCAAACAAUUCUCACUCAUUGGUCAAGACAGUCAAGACAAAGAGCAUAUCAAUGCUAGAUUCGCCAGAAAAAGAUUAGCUAAUUCAUUACCAGAGAAUAAUAUUUGUCAAAAUGGUUAUGUCGGUGGAUCAUUGUGGCAGCCGACUUCUGACAACACUUAA